AGAAGAGUUGAAUCUAGGUAUAACCUCAUUUAUUUCAUUUGUCAAGUGCUCCUCAAAUGUAAAUAUUAAUGAUAAAAUGUUCAGAAAUUGUUUGAAAACCUUUCAGAAAUCAUGUGAAACACAAUUACUCCAGGCAUUCAUAUUCAAACGAUUUGCUGGACAUUCCAAAUGGCAGAAUAUCAAACACAUAAAGGGUCUGAAAGAUGCCCAAAAGUGCCAGCUAUUCACGAAACUGGGCAGGCAGAUAAAAGUCGCUAUCCAUGAAGGUGGAUCUGCUGAUGUUAAAUUGAAUGGUAAGUUGGCGCAAAUUGUAGAACAAGCUAAAAGGGCCAACAUGCCAGUAGCAACUCUUCAAAGUAUCAUUAAAAGCUGCCAGAACGAUAAGUCACAAGAAAAACUACAUUUGCUUGAAAUUAAGGGGCCAGGUAAUUGUUUCAUUAUGUGUGAAGUUUUCACUAAUCAACUGCAUCAGUUGAAGAUGAGCAUAGCUACAAUACUAAGAAAACAUGGUUCCAAAUUCAGUGAUGGUGGGGGGCAGCAUUUAUUUCAUGAAAAAGCUUUAAUUGAGGCUGAAUUCCCAAUAGAUAACUCAGGAGAUAAACAAAUUUCUGAAGUAGACCUUUUGGAACAAGCAACUGAACAUGCCAUAUUAUCAGGGGCUGAAGAUGUUAGUAUCAUGGAGAAUAAUACUAUGGAAUUCACUUGUGCUGAAACAUCUUUGCAAAAUGUAGUGCUGGAGUUGGAAAAAAUUGGAUAUAAAGUUGCCAGUGCAGGGGUAGAGUAUUUACCUUUGAAAUUUCAAAAAUUGCAAGAUUCUGAAUUAGAAUUAUGUGGAAGGUUGUAUGAAAAAUUGGAGAAUUUGUCUGAGGUUGUUAGACUGUCAGACAAUAUUGCCUAACAAUGUGAGGAUAAUACUCCAGAUAAUUGUAUAAAAGGAUUUUUAAAUGUAUUCUGUUAAAUGGAAAUCUUCAACUAUUUCAAUUUUUGAAAUGGACUACCUUUAAGUUAAAAAGUUUCAUUAUCACAUUCAUAUCUAAACAUAAAUAAUUCUAGUACCCCAACUAAAGUAUACUACAAGGCAAAUGGUAGUGGUACAAUAUAUCUAAGGGCUAAGUUAAUAUAGCUAUUAUGAUCGUCUACAUCUGCUAUGAGAUUCUUGAUUUUCUUGACUAUCUCAGGUGUUUUGGUAUCAUCACGAUCCAAAACUUUCUUCAGCACCAUUCUUAGUUGAUAUGAGGAUGUACUCUUGGAGCCUUCAACCAACUCUUUCAGUAUUCUCUCUGUAUAACCCUGAAAAUAUAAUUCAGAUAAUCUUAUAUUCUUUCAUAUUAUGAGAAGAUCAAUAAAACCCUGAAAAUACUAGUGAUAAUGAAAAUUGUUAAAAUUAUUGACAAGUCUUGCUGUUGUAUUAUGUAUUAUUCAAUUAUACUCACAUUAUAUUUGUUUAGUCCUAAUCUCUUGGACUCUUUAUUGAGUAGAUCAUAUAGAGAUAGCAAUGUGACAUAUGCUCUAGUUGGAGGAAUUUGCUUUUGUCUCAACAAUACCAGCCUAAAAAUAUUCAGAAAAACGUAUGUAUUUACUAUGAACAUUUUAAAUUGCUAGAAUGAAAAAUAAUAUAUUAUGCUAAAACAGUUACCUGAAAUCUGAAUCAUCAUAUUUCUUCAAAAAAUCUUGAGCUUGGGCAUCUAUAUCAUUGGGAAUAUAAUCUGGUUCCACCUGCUUCACUUCUUUCCAAAAUUCAAUAUAAUUUUUUCCAUAAUAGGUAGCCAUAUCUUCUGUCAAACCGAGACUAUCAUCAUUCCAAAUUUCCUGGUCUUGUAGAUUUCUAGAUCCUCUUGGAAAAUCUGUAAUCUGCUGUUCAGGUUCUCUUCUCAAGAAAUAUUGGUAUCUGUCAAAAUAGUUGGUUUCUCCAGUGCU